GAUAAAAUUGUCACCCUGACCAUAAUCAUUUCGUGUUGUAAUUUCCACACUUUUAAUCGUUAACUACCUGUAAUGCUAGUUAAUUUAUUUAAGUUCCAAGAGCUUAUAUUGCAAAUACUAUGAUAUAGGUAAACUAACAGCAUACAGCGGGAAUUUAUAUAAAAUGGCAGAUCAAUUGUUAAUUCAUGACGACAUCAAGUUGUACACAACAUCUGAUAAAUUUUACUUUGAACCAACAAUUAACCCGACAGAAAUUUUGGUGAUUGAUAGAAUUACUGGAGAGGCAACUGUUAAAGAUAUAAAUGCAGUGAAGAUACCCAUACCUCCAAAUGCAUAUAAGCCAGUCUGUGGUUUUCUUGGUUCCAUAAAGCUUAUAUCAGGACUAUAUUUAGUUAUUGCUAAGUAUCGGAUAUUGGUAGGCAAGAUAAAUGGGCAAGAUAUAUAUCAAUUGGCCGGCACAGACAUCAUACCGUAUUCACGGUCAACAACUCAUUUGACUAAUAAGCAAAUAGAAGACAACAACACUUACGAACGCAUGCUCAAGUUGGCGUUACAGACGCCUGGCAUAUAUUUCUCAUAUGGAUAUGACUUGACGCACACAAUGCAGAGACUGCAUUCGGUUCCACCAGAUUUCCAUAAGAUGUCGCUAGCCAGCCGUGCGGAUUCUCGUUUCCUUUGGAACGGUCAUCUCCUCAAAGACUACUCCCACCAACAGUUCGCAAGAUUUGCUUUACCUAUCAUACAGGGCUUUGUGGCAAUAAAUCGCGUGACGGUAAACGGUCAUCAGCUGGCGUGGUCGUUGGUGUCGCGGCGGAGCGUUGACAGAGCUGGUACGAGGCUGUUCAUGCGAGGAAUCGAUUCCCAGGGCAAUGUAGCGAAUUUCGUAGAAACCGAACAAAUAGUUGAGCGUGGUGGAGAGAAGUCGUCCUUCGUCCAAACCCGAGGUUCCAUCCCUCUGUUCUGGACCCAGUACCCGAACCUCAAGUACAAGCCGGCGAUGGCGCUUUCGUCUGAGGAUCACGUCGCCGCUUACACCAGGCAUUUGAGAGAUCAGCUCCAGAAAUAUGGAAACCAAGUUCUCCUUAAUUUGAUCGACCAGCACGGCAAGGAGGAGUCGCUGGAGCGCGGCUACCGCGCGGCGGUGGCGGCGGCCGCGCUGCCCGCCGUGCGCUACGAGCCGUUCGACUUCCACGCCGAGUGUCGCGGCAUGCGCUACGACCGCCUCGCCGUGCUCAUGGACCGCGUCGCGCACGAGCAGACUGAAUUCGGUUACUUCCUAUCUCGAGGAGGCACGGUCCUCCUUCGUCAAAGUGGCGUCUUCCGCACCAACUGUGUGGACUGCUUGGAUAGAACCAACGUAGUGCAGAGUCUCCUAGCCAAGAGACAGCUGAGUGCUGUGCUAAGAUUGCUAGCGGUCAUUACCGUGGACGAUCAACAUCCACAUUUGGAUAUGCUGUUUAACUCUGUAUGGGCUGACCACGCGGAUAUGAUAUCAACACAGUAUUCGGGCACGGGAGCACUGAAGACAGAUUUCACCAGAACGGGCAAGCGUACACGACUCGGUUUGCUGAAGGACGGGAUCAACUCCCUCACCAGAUACUAUAAGAAUAACUUCAGUGACGGCUUCAGACAGGAUUCGCUGGACUUGUUCCUAGGGAAGUACGUCAUAGUUGAAGGCGAGGGCAACACCGCCCUUUGUCCCCUGCGUAGUCAUAGAGAUUGGAAAUACUUAACAUUCCCGUCGGUGUUGUUGGUGGCGGUGUCGAUGUUCUGCGCGAGCGCCGCACUGCCCACGCGCAGCUCCACGGAGCUGCUGCUCUACCUCAUGUUCUGGGGAGCCGCCGUCGGAGCCACGCUCUCCUUCAUAUUCAAGCACGGCACGGAGUACGUGGACUGGCCGCGCCUGGACAGCGCGCUGGUCGCGUCUCGCGCGCCGCCUCCGUCCUCGUUAUGAUCCAAGAGCUGCCGCUCGUAGUCGUCGUCUGACACCCCGCAGAGGAACUGGUACCUUCUUAACUUAUUUUGAUAAAUUUCAGAUCUAUACUCGCAUCGAAUGUACUUACACCUGUUUAUAAUGUUUUUUUUUUUCGAUAUUUUUACUAUUUUUCCCUAAAUUAUGUCACACAAACAAGCAAAGUUCCACCGAGUGUCAUAACGCUUGGUGACACUCACUUUCCAUAGAAAGUGAGAAUCAGAAUGUGUACGAGUCACAUUUAAUAUUCACAUAAUAAAGCAUGUUGUAAUACUCAACACCGUUAUUCAAUUAUUCAGCCUGAAAUUUAUGAUUGUGCUACGUAACGUAACAUAAUCAGAAACUUCCUAUCAUUUCUACUUUUUUUUAAAACGGUGAGGGGAUUUGAAUAGGGACUCUAUUGUUUUUGUGUGAUAAAAUUUACGGAUAGAUGUCAAAAAUUCAAAAUUAUCUAAUUGAAUAACUAAUACGUGUCCUCAUAACUAAACUCUUUCGUCAAAACUCAAAAGCAAUAAUAGAUAAAAUAUACAUUUUAAAGAAUUUCAGAUUUUGAAAAAGCUUCUAUUUAAGAACAAAUGUGAAAAUAGAAAAAUAUAUCUGUUUAAAAUAUUCAAUAUUUUGUAAUAAUUAAAAAUUACAUACAUUAUUAAAUUAUAUAAAAAAAAAAACUAAUCGUUCUCCAUUUGAAUUUGUCAACGAUUUUUAUUCUUCGAGUUAUUGGUGCGAAUUGUAUUGUAAACAAAUAUUGCUAUCUAAAUAUUUUGUGUGUGAUAAAAAGGGAUGGCAAAUCUUUUAUUCCUAUCAAAUUAAUUAAGAGAUUGAGUACAAUAGAAUUGGUACUAAAAACUAACAUUAAUUCAGGUUUUUGGGGGUAUUGGAUUGGGUUGAAAAAUUUAAACAUUUAUAUUGUCAAACUAUCUGCUUUCUAGAAUAAAUCAGUUUUUCUCUUUUAAUUAUAUACUAAUAAUAAUAUUUUCGAUUUACUAAGCAACGAAAUCAACUUAAAUUUUCAAUACAAUUUCUCUAGUAAUUUGUACAUUCGAAGAGAAAUACAUGACCAUCACUGAUUAUUACAAACACCCUUGUACAGCUUCGAGAUUGUUCUAAAUAUAUUUUAUAGAAAUAUAUAAUAAUUCUGAUACUCGAAUGUGAAUCUUAUCCUUCACAUAAUAGAGUGCAUUUUCAUGUUUACCUCUUUAAUAUUAUCGCUUUUAUAAUGAUAUAGAAGUAAUUUAUCCUUGAUGCACCUUAUUGUGAUAAAUAUUGAAUCCAUUCCAUAAUAAAUUAACAAACUACAUUUGGUUCACUAUUUCUAUGAGAGAAAUAAUGGGAACAUUCCGAGGUCUCUUUAGAGGUAUUUUUUUUUGCUUACUUCCAAAUGAAUCAAUAUUUCAUUAUGUAUUUUGUCUAAGACUACUAUUGCCUCAUACAUGCAUAUAUGCUCUGAUGGGUGAUAUGACUUGAUUGAAAAUUUUAUUGGGCAGCUUAAAUGGUGUGUAGUUAUUCCUACCUUGAGAUAAUCACUUUGAACGUUAAAAAAACUUUGUAAUGCCAUUAAAAUAGACGGCAAUAGUUGGUUUUUAAUUGUAAGUGAACCAAAUGUAUGUUAUGUUAGUAGCUAAAUAUAUAAUAGUUGAUUAAACCUAAUUUAUGGCAUAGUGUCUAUGCUAUUUGCUUUUAUGCAAAAAAAAAAAACUGAACAAAUUGAUUUGUUUUGAAGUGUAUUAGUACAUGAAAAAGACAAAUGUUUCACAUGAAUAUAUAUAUAUUAGAUAAUUAUCAGAACUAGAUAAUAUUAUGCCAAAUUAGAUUUUUCGAUUAAAAACUAAUAAGUUUAUAUAUUUUUUCCAAUAUUUGUGUGAAACAUUUCAAUAUAAAAGGUUUAGACGACACGCGAGCUGGCAUUAUGAUAUCUUUAGGAAUAACAUGAGCUAACAUAUAUUUAUAUGCCAUUUUUUAAAUUCCAUAUACCUUUGUUUAUUCACGACCAAAAAUUAAAUUUCAUUGUGAAUGUGAAUAUUGAAUUAUUCAUAAUUUAAUAUUAAAUGUCAAUAGAAAUAUUAGCAAAAGCUUUUAAUUCCUGUUUUACUAUUGAACAUACCUCAUUGUAUGAAAAUAAAUAUACAUAUAUAAUAAUAUAUAAUAAUAAUUGGAAUAAUAUUAAAAAACGCAUAUUUUUUUAAGAUUUUAUGUCUACUGCUAUCUUAUAAUAAUUUCUUAAUUAGCUAUGAAAUAAAAAUGUUUAAUCCCUAUUUAAAUUAUUACACAAUUUCCAUUAUAAUUUUAGACAAAAAAAAUAAAUAAAUAAAAAGUCAUUUAUUACAAUUUAUUUAUGCUGUAGUAACUAGGGACCGAGUAGCUUGUUACAAUAUAAUACUUAUGAAUCGAUACUUUUGUUGAAUAAGAAAAAAUAAAUAAAGUCGUCAUUGUUUUGACAUUUCCCGCCAUAAUCACAAUGUUUUAUAAUUAAAUAUAACAAAAAUUACGUACGCAGAACACCGUAUACUAUAAUCGUAUUUAAUUAUAAUAAAACGAUUAAUUAAAAUAAAAACACCAGAAUAUAAGUACAUAAAAACAAAUGCUUUUAAAGAUAGUUUUAGCAAAAAUUAAUAACAUAAUUUUAUAGAUGGUUACUUAAAAAAUAAUAGUAAUGUUAUUUCUAAAAAGAUAUCAAUUUUGUUAUGUAUAUUUUUUAGAUGUAUUUAAGCAUGAAUUUCCAUUGAAAGUGCGACGGAGUGUUCGUUCGCCGGAAUUUUACGAUAAUUAACUUAUGAUUAUGUGUAAUUUUAUGAAGGUUUUAUUAUUUCAAUAAAUUGUCAAAUUA